AUGGUGGAGUUCAUGGAGAAGGUCUCGACGGCAGUGGAGAGAAAGGAGCCCACCGUCGAGGAGCGAACCUUUCUCUCCGUGGCAUACAAGAACGUGAUCGGCAUGAGGCGAGCCUCGUGGCGCAUCAUCUCCUCGAUCAAGCAGAAGGAGGAAAGCCGCGGCAACGAGGACCAUGUGUCCAUGAUCCUGGACUACAUAUCCAAGAUCGAGUCGGAGCUCUCCAACAUCUGCGACGGAAUCCUCAAGCUCCUUGACACCAGACUCAUCCCCUUUACUGCCCCCGGCAACUCCAAGAUCUCCUACCUCAAGAUGAAGGCCAAGUGA